AGUCCACUGAAGCAGCAUGUCGUGUGUUGUGUUGUUGUGUGUGGCUGUUGUGUUCAACUUGGGAAGUGUUUGUUCGUGACUUCCUUUCUCAUUUAAGGCGCAAAGUCCUGCGGGAACGUGCCAGAGCUGUCGUAAUGCUCAUGCCGAUGCUCCUGUAGAAAUGAAAUGUGUUUCAGAGCCAAUCUGAUGUUGUGGAGGGGUUCGAGGAUUACCAGCCGUGCGUCUGCGCAUCGAAUAAAUAGGCGAUUUACGCUCUGGACAGCAGCAAAUAAAACAUUGCCUCCGGAAAGGUCAUCGUGAUCUUUUUGACUGAUAUUUGUGAGCUGAUUUUGGAGGAGUGACGUCGAGGAAAUUUAGUUGCGUGGAGAUUUUUGAUACUGUUCUCUGUCGAUUCUUUCACAAGGUCUUGCUGAAUUCCCCCAUCUCCCCUCCAGUCAGACUUUUGUUGUCUGCUAAAACAGGAGCAGUUUCUCUGAAAGUGAAUUGAGGACUUAAACACUUGGGGUGAUGGCGGCGUCUGCACCCUCCUCCUCCUCCUCCUCCACUGGCGGCGAUCCGGAUCCCAACUCGACAAAUUUACGGCCACCUUCCUCAAACUACGACUGGAGUGGAGUCGCUCAUGGAUGCACAAGGAAACUUGGAAUGAAGAUAUGCGGAUUUUUGCAGAAGAACAAUAAUGUUGACGACAAGAGCCGAAUUGUCGGGUUUUUUAACGAUCAGCAGCCCAAGAGCAUUUUAACACGGGACAACGAGCGAGACUCUCGCUUCAGACGCACAGAGACUGACUUCUCCAAUCUGUAUGCAAGAGAUCUGCUUCCUGCUAAAAAUGGUGAGGAGUACACAAUGCAGUUCCUGUUGGAGGUGGUGGAGAUCCUCACUAACUAUGUGCGGAAGACCUUCGACAGAUCCACAAAAGUGCUGGACUUCCAUCAUCCGCACCAGCUGCUGGAAGGAUUGGAGGGCUUCAACUUAGAGCUGUGUGAUCAGCCGGAGAGCCUGGAGCAGAUCCUGGUGGACUGCAGGGACACACUCAAAUACGGAGUCCGGACAGGUCACCCAAGGUUUUUUAACCAGUUGUCAACAGGUCUAGACAUCAUUGGCUUAGCUGGAGAGUGGCUAACCUCUACUGCCAACACUAACAUGUUCACAUAUGAGAUUGCACCAGUGUUUGUACUGAUGGAACAGCUCACCCUGAAGAAAAUGCGAGAGAUUGUCGGCUGGCCAAACGGAGAGGGCGAUGGAAUUUUCUCUCCAGGAGGAGCGAUCUCAAACAUGUACAGCGUGAUGGUGGCACGGUAUAAACACUACCCUGAGGUUAAAAUCAAAGGCAUGCAGGCGGUUCCCAGACUGGUGCUGUUCACCUCAGAACAUAGUCACUACUCUAUAAAGAAGGCCAGUGCAGUGCUGGGUUUUGGCACAGAGAAUCUGAUCUUGCUGAGCACAGAUGAAAGAGGUAGAGUCAUUCCGGCUGAUCUGGAGGCCAAAGUCAUUGACGCCAAACAGAAGGGGUUUGUGCCGAUGUUUGUGAACGCUACAGCUGGAUCUACAGUGUACGGAGCCUUUGAUCCAAUCAAUGAGAUCGCCGACAUCUGUGAGAAAUACAACAUUUGGCUUCAUGUGGAUGGAGCGUGGGGUGGAGGUUUGCUGAUGUCCAGAAAACACAGACACAAGCUUAACGGCAUUGAGAGAGCUAACUCUGUCACAUGGAACCCACACAAGAUGAUGGGUGUUCCACUACAGUGCUCCGCCAUUCUGGUCCGAGAGAAGGGUCUACUACAGGACUGCAACUCCAUGUGUGCUGGAUAUCUCUUUCAGCCAGAUAAACAGUAUGAUGUCAACUAUGACACGGGGGACAAGGCCAUACAGUGUGGCCGCCAUGUAGACAUCUUCAAAUUCUGGCUCAUGUGGAAGUCAAAGGGCACUAUUGGCUUUGAGAAACACAUCGACAGAUGUUUGGAGCUGUCUGAGUAUCUCUACCACAAGAUCAAGAACCGAGAAGGAUAUGAGAUGGUGUUUCAAGGGGAGCCACAGCACACCAAUGUGUGUUUCUGGUACAUUCCUCCAAGCCUGCGACUCCUGCCAGAUGGAGAGGAGAAAAGACAACGGCUUCAUAAGGUUGCCCCCAAGAUCAAGGCACUGAUGAUGGAGUGUGGGACAACAAUGGUGGGCUACCAGCCUCAGGGUAAUAAGGUCAACUUCUUCAGAAUGGUCAUCUCCAAUCCAGCUGUAACCAGGUCUGACAUUGACUUCCUGAUUGAUGAGAUAGAAAGACUGGGACAAGAUUUAUAGAGUGCACCGGGUGAAAAUUCAGUAGACGUUAGUAGAUUCUGUAGGAAUAUAGGAAAUUGAGAAGACAUUCUGAAGUUUUGUAUAAGCUGGACAUUCCAGAGUAUUAGACCAGCGAAGUGCUCUAGAAUAAUGAACCUCUCAGAUAUUCUACAAUGUUCCACUGAGAAAUUGGACAUUCCAGAAUGCAGAGGUGAUGAGCUCUUUGAGCUAUAAUUUCAUAAUGAAGGACCAGAUUUUCAUCCUAUGACAUUAUAUGUCUUCUCCUCUUCCCUUAUCCCAGUUGUCUGUCUGUUGUGUUCUGUUCUGUUUUUUCUUUUAACUGGAAAUAUUAUACUCACUGUAAACUGCACAACUGUACAUUAAAGGAAUAUUCAAGGUUGAUUACCACAGAAGUUAGAAAUAAUUUGUCCAUCACUUUGUACAAAGAAACAAUAAUUGUGCUUACAGUAUAGCUUUUACAAUGGAAAUAUAAGGAGCAAGGCAUUACAUUGGGAAUCAUAAUACCACACUGCAUUAAAAAUAUAGUCACAAAUACAAAGUUCUGUCAUGAAACUCUAGAUGGCACAGGCUAAUAGGUCCUUUAACUCAACCUGCUCGUAAUCACAUUAUCUCUAGGACAGAGCUGAUUGGUUCCUGCUGUAUCAGUAGCCAAUGAGCUUGCGUGCUCAACCUUCAAAUACUUUGGUAGCAUUGCCUUUGCAGUGCAGCGCGCUUCAGAAACCCUCCACCUUCCCCAGCUCCACCUGUAUAGAUCUGCUACGGGUAAUUCAUGUACGUUAUAUUGUACAGCAGCAGCAUGUCUUACUUGCUCAUAGCAGCGUGUCAUGUAUGUAUUGGCAGUAGCAAGUCCCGUAUUUGCUCUGCAGCAGCAGCAGCAGCAAUAAUCAACAGCAGCAGCAGCAGCAGCAAUAAAAGCAGCGGCAGCGUAGCAGAUCUAUUCCGCCAAGACCAAACAUAUCAACAUUGUCAUAUCCAUUACCAUGCCAAACACUCAGAGAGUUGUCAUGACAGAAAUAUGAUUUAGACAACUUGCAGCUCAAAUAUCACACAGUUUUGUACAGAAUGAUUAAGAUAAGCACAUUAACAAAAAAUAAUAGGUUUAAAUUUGUGCUUUAAAACCUGAAUGUCUUGCCCCAGAGAGUUCUAUUAUAAGUACAUUAAUUUAAACGCAACAUUUAUGUACAAGCUGAGAGACAAAUCAAAAUCAUUUUCUGUGGAAAUAGUGCAUAACUUUUGAACCAGGAACAUUUCCUUCAAAAUCCAAAACUGGUCUGAAUUCUCAAUAAAAAUAAGAGUUUUGGAAUAUACUGUACUUUAUCACCAUCUAAUAGCCUCCUGGACAGUCAGCAGUCAAAUGCAUUAAUUCUUAGCUGUUAUGUAAUGAAGAUUAAUUGAAGUGUGUACCAUUGUACCAAGUACUGUACUGACACGCUGUGUUUUUAGAAUUUAUGACUCUUUGUGCAAAUUGUGAUUGUUUGUGACAAACAUAUAUCACAUAGUUUUACAGUAAGAAAUGUUUGAAUAGUGGUAAAGAUUAAAUAGGGAUAUUUGAUGAGAUAUUAUUUAUAUCACAAGAAUAAUUGUGUGACAGAGAUUACUCCUCUAGUAUUUUCAUUUGUAUUUUGAGAGACAAUAUUUAUCUGUAUUGUCUAAAACAGUGCAUUAGAGAUUUUCAUUCAUUUAUUAACCAAAGACAUGGAACAAAAAUUAUAUUUCACUGUCAGUCAACACUUAAGUAACUACACUAUAUGGCCAAAAGUAUGUUGAUUCUAAUUAAUGGGUUUGGUCGUUCCAGUAAUUCCAGUGAAGACAUUUUAAUGCUACUUCAUAAUGACAUUCUAGAGAAAUGUUGGUGCCAAAACAGGGUCCAUAUAAAUAUGGUUUACAAAGUCCAUUGUGGAAGACUUUGACGGGUCUGCACAAAGCCCAGACGUGAACCCCACUAAACAACUUUGCCAAACUCAACAUUAUUGCCUCUGGCCAUAUAGUGUAUCUAACUUAGUCUAAAAAAUGAAUGUUAUGAUAUCAAUAUAACAGAGCAUUUUCCAACCAUACUGCAGUAAAUGGUAUACAACCAACUUAAAAAAGGGAAGGAAGAAUGCUAACAUUAAAGUCUAAGUGUUUAUUUGGUUAAGAGAGAAGCACAGCAACAUGUCAAUCCAGAAAAGGAAAUGUAUUUUAUUAGCUGCUAUUUGUAGUAUUAGUAAUAAGGUUUCAUUUCUUCGGUAUAUGCCAAACACAAUUACACAUUCCUGAAUCAACAAACUAUGCUAAUAUUUUGUGUACGCUAUGCUUUCUUCAGUCUGCACUGUAGAUGUAAAGCUAAAGAUCUCUACAUUGAAGGCCCUGAGUGUUUACUAAUCAAAAGAUGUGCAUUUUAAAUGGCCUGCAAUAUGUGCAAUAUUGCUGUUCACUGUCACCAAUACAAAUAAACACUCAGCUUUAAAAACGCUGA